GGCAGUUGUGUAGAUUGCUGAGCGACUAAGAGGGUCCGGUUCAGUUUUAAUUCUGUCUCUAAUCUCUGCAACAGCGGCGCUUCCUGGGUCCCGCGGCUCCCUUGCCCACUCAGCUGCGAGUGGCCGCCAGGCUAAUAUCAGAGCCUCCCGUGCCCCAUCAACCACCAUGGAAACCCUCCAAGAAAAAGUGGCUCCGUACGCGUGUGCCUAAGGAUUCCGCACAAAAGAGGUGCCCAAAAUGAAGACCCUGAUGCGCCAUGGUCUGGCAGUGUGUUUAGCGCUCACCACCAUGUGCACCAGCUUGUUGCUCUUGUACAGCAGCCUCAGCAGCCAGAAGGAGCGUCCCCCGCAGCAGCAGCAGCCGCAGCACCAGCACCAGCAGCAGGCGACCGGCAGCGCGCAGCCAUCUGCGGAGAGCAGCUCCGCGUCGCGCCCCGGGGCCCCCGUAGGACCGCGGCCGCUGGACGGAUAUCUUGGCGUGGCGGACCACAAGCCCCUGAGAAUGCACUGCAGGGACUGUGCCCUGGUGACGAGCUCCGGUCACCUGCUGCGCAGCCAGCAAGGCCCCCAGAUUGACCAGACCGAGUGCGUCAUCCGCAUGAACGACGCCCCCACGCGUGGCUACGGGCGCGACGUGGGCAAUCGCACCAGCCUGAGGGUCAUCGCACAUUCCAGCAUUCAGAGGAUCCUCCGCAACCGCCACGACCUGCUCAACGUGAGCCAGGGCACCGUGUUCAUCUUCUGGGGCCCCAGCAGCUACAUGCGGCGUGACGGCAAGGGCCAGGUGUACAACAACCUGCAGCUCCUGAGCCAGGUGCUGCCGCGGCUCAAGGCCUUCAUGAUCACGCGCCACAAGAUGCUGCAGUUCGAUGAGCUCUUCAAGCAGGAGACUGGCAAAGACAGGAAGAUCUCCAAUACUUGGCUCAGCACUGGCUGGUUCACGAUGACGAUUGCGCUGGAGCUCUGUGACAGGAUCGAUGUUUAUGGCAUGGUACCCCCAGACUUCUGCAGGGAUCCCAAUCACUCUUCAGUACCUUAUCAUUAUUAUGAACCUUUUGGACCAGAUGAAUGUACAAUGUACCUCUCCCAUGAGCGAGGACGGAAGGGCAGUCAUCACCGCUUUAUCACAGAGAAACGAGUCUUUAAGAACUGGGCACGGACAUUCAAUAUUCACUUUUUCCAACCAGACUGGAAACCAGAAUCACUUGCUAUAAAUCAUCCUGAGAAUAAACCUGCGUUCUGAGGAAUGAGAGCGCCAGACCGAAAUCCCAAGUACCCACCAUAUCAGACCCCCGAACGCUGAACUUCCUGAGACACCGGACUCAAAAAAGGAAAAGAACUGGUAGUAGGAAACAGCUUCACUCCUCAAGAAGUACUAUGUACAGAUGCCUACAAGAUGUGACGACAAGCAUUGCAGUUGGCUUAGAAGGAACAAUUCCAGAACUGAUACAUCCUAAUGAAUGUUGUCUCUUUCCAAAGGCGUUACCUUUGGAGCUGAACACUCAUUUCAGUGAUGCUGCCAUGGCUAAAAACAUUUGGGGUCUCUUCAAGUUUUGCCUUCGAAACCAAAACAUGAGCAACUCAACAAACAGUAUUAGUUUUAUUUCUUUAUAGAAAUGCCAUGUCAACAGACAUUUUUGUAUCAAGUUGUAUCCUAACCUGACGUAUACCCUUUGUCAUCUGUGGGACUCAGUGUGUGUGUGAUUUGUAAAAAAGCAGCCUGAAAGUAUGGACAUGGUUUCUAAAGAGCACAUCUCCACUGACUUUCAUAAAGCAAAUGCCCGGUAUUUAUUUAUUGAGAGUUUUGUAGUGUACUCUAGGCCAGUAUUUUUAUAGAUUCUGAUGUGGUAAUUUAUCCUUAUAUUUAUUUAGGUAAUUUAUCCUAAGUCUUGAAUCCUGAACGAUAGUUGGAAAAUGCCUAUAAUUGGGUUGAUGAGUUAUUGUGUUCACAUGCUCACUGCUAGCAUGCAAUUGGUAUUUGGCUUGAAAAGGUUGUCUCGCAUUUUUUGAACCCAUAGCCUUCGAGAAUAGCUAUGACAUUUUCCAAGGGACAGGAAUGCUCCAAAUGACAAAACCAAAAACCAAAAACUGUGUCAUUAAUUCAAAAAAAUACUAA